UCCCAACAAAAACAAGUGGAGUAAAUAUUUAAGGCAAAAAAUGGGUGGUUUUGGAGAAGUUAAGGUAGUCUGUUUGGUGGUGAUUGCAGUGGUGGCGGUGGCGGCCACAGCUCCUCAUGCCGAAGCCGCCAUCUCAUGCGGGCAGGUAAUGAGCAGUGUGUCCCCCUGCCUGCCCUACCUCCGAGGAAGCGGAGUGGUGGCGGCGCCUUGCUGCGACGGCGUGAGAAACUUGAACAAGGCGGCGGCCACGACGGCUGACCGGCAGGCCGUCUGCGGCUGCGUAAAAUCUCUUGCGCCAAGCAUCGGGGCGAAGACAGAUUUGAUUAAUAGCCUCCCUGCAAAAUGUGGCGUCGCCCUUCCCUACCGCUACUCCCCAUCCAUGGACUGCUCCAAGAUUCAGUGAUGGAACUUCUGCAACGGAAACGUUACACCUAUAUAUACGAUAAGAAUAAGAUGCAAAUGGGGUUGUAAUAAUUUGUGGUUGUAUCAAUCUUAGGACCUCCAUCUGGAGUCCGAUUAGUAUUGUACUAAUACUUUGUGAAAUAGUAACAUUUAAUAAAGCGAACUUGUCAUUUCUUAAUCAAGC